GGAGCGGAAGGACGACAACAUAUGAAUUUUGAGGAAGACACAAACAUUCAGUCUGUAGCAAAUACCAGUAUCAGAAAAAAGGCAGUAUAUCUGGAUCAAGAGUGGUGGUAUAAGAUGAGGUUGGAAAGGUGGGUAGGGCCAUGUUAGUUUUGUACAAUUGGAAGGAGCCUGAAUUAUAAUCCAAGUAUAAUGGAAAUAUAUUGGCAGGUUCUAAGCAGGGGGAGACAGGAUUUGAAUUAGCUUUAAAAACAAUAAUCCAGGGCGCCUGGGUGGCUCAGUUGGUUAAGCGACUGCCUUCGGCUCAGGUCAUGGUCCUGGAGUCCCUGGAUCGAGUCCCGCAUCGGGCUCCCUGCUCGGCAGGGAGUCUGCUUCUCCCUCUGACCCUCCCCCCUCUCAUGUGCUCUCUCUCAUUCUCUCUCUCUCAAAUAAAUAAAUAAAAUCUUUAAAAAAAAAAAAAACAAUAAUCCAGAUGCUUGGCUGAGAAUUACUUAUAGAGGGGUAAGAGUAGAGGCAGGGGACUGGUUCAAGUGAGAUUGAAGAGGUUGAGGUGAAAGAAGAUUCUAAAGACUCACACCUGGUCUCCUUAAUGGUAAGGAAACUUCACCGGUGAGAGGCAGCUGGAUGUAUUUUAAUAAUGUCUCUAUUUACAUGCAACAUAUCUGCUAUAAAAUUGUUUUAUUAUUAUUUUGUCAGAGGUAGAGAUAAUGGUGUAGAUUAGCAGUUAUAUAUAUAAGUCCACCAAAUAUUAAAAGGCAUUUUACUGUUGCUGCCCAGAACCAUCAUGCAGCGCUGUUGGUCCUCCUUAAAGGAGAGCAACAGUAUCUAGGAAAUUAAUUCUUCCCUUGGGCCUAAAUGCAAAAUUGCAGAAACCAUUUGCUAAAUAGGACCAGCCAUUCUCAAGAAGGCAGAGUCCUUCUUCAGGCAUUUUUUUAUUAGAGGCUAUUUAUCAACUUCUACCUAUCAUUACAGAUAAUUGAAGGGAAACCUGCGACUGGCAAUUUAUUGGCAUUUUUCUUGGACUCAGAAGCUAGUUUGAAAGUGCUGUCAGCAGCGGCCCUGGCUGCAAACUUCCUCGCUCAGAGGCCAUGGUGAAGUGCUGGAAGGUGGUCUGGCCUGAGCUACCCCAUCUUUCUGCCCAUAAAUCAGCAUCAUAAAACAUCCUGGAAGUGUUGUGAUGGCGCUGAAUGCAUAAGAAAGUGUUCACAAGCCGAAUCUAUUGUCGUCAUUCUCGGUGGCAGAGGGGAGUGACAAGACGCUCACACGUCGCUGAGUAGUAGCGCGGCAUAAUAAAGCCGUGUAUCACAUGUGUAUCACAGAUUUCUCGGGGUUUCGCGAAGGUUUUUCCAAGUCCCGCCUUCCCCCCCUUUGCAGUCAUCCCGGCCCCAGCUGCGCAUCGGCCUUUGACUCCAUCUGUCCUUCCGCUGGGGACGAAUCUCUCUCGCCAAAUGGAGAACACAAGUUUGGUUCCCCAAAGUGAUUCUAACCCCCACCCUCUGCUCAGCCUGAGCCAAACGUCAGGCCUGCCGAAGGAACCGUCCAGGGGAUGGAGGGAGGAGGGCGUGGAGGGGCUGCUGCUUCCGCCUCCCCCACCCAUCGCCACUUGGCCCGCAAAGCCGGGGCAGACGGCCGGCCUGCGCGACCCCCGCCCGCCUCGCGGCCCAAAUCUGCGCGUCCUUCCUCCCGCGCUCCUCUCUCUUGGGUCCCCGACCCAGGCGACAGCGCGCCCUGCUGCAGAGCGGCGACUCGCAGGUUGGAGUUGGCCCUCGUGUGCGCCGCGUCACUGGCGGGGAGGAGAGGGGAAGGGGGGCGGCGGGGGCUGGGUCGGAGCUGGAGCCGGGCGGUCCUCCGCGCACCGAGACGCGGCGGGGAGAGGCCGCCCCCGGAGCCGCCGGCACGGCCGCAGCCGGAGCCUCCUCUCCCUCCCUCCCUCCUCCGCUCCGGCCCCGCGCCCACACUCAGCCUCCCCGCCCUUACUCCACCCCCUUCCCCGGGCCGCCCCCUAGCCUCUCCUUGUGUGUGCGCGCUUUAAAUAAUUUCAUCCUUUUUGGCAAAAGAAAUAAUGCACCUGACUUUACCAGGGGAAAACAACAAGCCGAGCAGAACAAGGAACAGAUGUAAAAGGAAUAAAAGGAGAGAGAAAAAGAGAUGAGACUCAUUGGAAGCAACCCAGGGGCUGAAGAGGUGGCUGCAGCGGCAGAGGCAGCUAGAGGUUCCCUGUCUGCGUGAGCGGCAGGCGGAGGACGCUUUCACCAGUUGCAGAUUGAACCUCGCGAACUCCUGGGUCUCUUGGUUUGCCAAAGUCUUUUCUUCUUUGGCCCCGACGCUGAAGAGGCUCCUGGAUUUUUCUGCCACCCCAACACAAGCUGGCAGUUACCCGGGAGCCUUCCCGAUUUACUGGCGGAGAAACGAGCCCUGCUGGACGGAGGAUGGGCGAAGGACACCAGCAGCGGGGGGCUCCCGCCGGGAAGCGCCUUCUGUUCCCCGGGAGGAGAGGGUCACCCCGCGGGCUGCCGGGCGGCGGCGGCGCCCCCGGGGCUCAGCGCUUCCUGCUCGGGCUCUUCAUGCACGCGUGGCUGUGCGUGGCCUCGGGUUCACACGCCCAGGUGUUCAACCUCAGCCUUUCCGUGGACGAGGGACUUCCUCCGGACACUCUAGUCGGCGACAUCCGCGCGGGGCUGCCGGCUGCACAGCAGCAGGAGGGGGGCGGCUUCUUUCUAUCCGAGGAUUCGGAUGACUCACCGCUGCUGGACGACUUCCACGUGCAUCCGGACACCGGCAUCAUCCGCACGGCUCGGUGCCUGGACCGCGAGCGGCGGGACCACUACAGCUUUGUGGCCGCCACGCUGCUGGGCGCCGUGGUGCAGGUGGAGAUCCGCGUCAACGACGUGAACGAUCACUCGCCCAGCUUUCCCCGCGACUCCCUGCAACUCGACGUCUCCGAGCUCAGCCCUCCGGGUACCGCCUUCCGCCUGCCAGGUGCCCGCGACCCGGACGCGGGCCUGUUCAGCACGCAGGGCUACACCCUGCUGCAACCGUCCGACCUUCCCGAGGACCCCGCAGGACCGUUCUUCCAGUUGCGCCACGGAACCCCGGGGUCACCACCGUCCUCGUCGCCCCUGGAGCCCCUGGACCUGGUGCUGCUGCGGCGCUUGGACCGAGAGGCGGCGGCGACACACGAGUUGCAUAUCGAGGCCUGGGACGGCGGCCGCCCGCGGCGCACGGGCCACCUGCUUGUGGAGCUGCGGGUGCUGGAUGAGAACGACAACCCGCCAGUCUUCGAGCAGGGCGAGUACCGCGCCGCGGUGCGGGAGGACGCUCGGCCGGGCGCCGAGGUCUGUCGCGUGCGCGCCACCGACCGCGACCUGGGGCCCAACGGCCACGUGCGCUACAGCAUCCGCGCCCGGCCGGCGCUCGGGCCACUGGGCGAUGCGGCCUACUUCACCGUGGAGGAGCUGAGCGGCGUGGUGCGGCUGCAGAGGCCUCUGGACCGCGAGGCACAGGCCUGGCACCAGCUGGUGGUCGAGGCCCGCGACGGAGGGGCCGAGCCCGAGGCUGCCACCGUACGCGUGUCCAUCGCCGUGCUCGACGUCAAUGACAACCCGCCCGCCAUUCACCUGCUCUUCCUCACCGAGGGAGGGGCCGCGCGCGUUUCCGAGGGCGCAGCGCGGGGCGAUUACGUGGCUCGCGUCUCCGUGUCCGACGCGGACGGUGGUACGGGGCAGGAAGAGGAGGCCGUCGGGGAGCCUGGUGUUGGCCUGGGGCGCGGGAGCCUCUCGCUGUCCUUGGAGGGCGGGGAUGGAGCCUUCGCACUGCGCUCUGGCGGCUCCCCCGGGGUAUUUUUCCUUUGCGUCGAGGGGCCCCUGGACAGGGAGAGCCGUGACCUGUAUGAUUUGCGACUGGCGGCCACGGAUGCGGGCUCCCCGCCGCUGAGCACAGAGGAAACGCUGCUGCUCCGGGUUGCAGACCUCAACGACCAGCCACCUCUCUUCAGCAGGGAGCAUUACCUGGCCUCGGUGUCAGAGGCCGCGGCCCCGGGCACCGCGGUCGUGUGGGUCAGCGCCUCCGAUGCGGAUGAGGCUGGCACAGACCACGCCCGGCUGCGCUACGCCCUGGUCCACCUUCCGGGUCGCUGCAACCCAGAAGGUGUGUGGCCCACGGCGGAGUGCGGACCGUCCUUCGCUAUUGAUCCUGAAAGCGGCGUGAUCAGCACCGUCCGGAGCCUGGACCGGGAGGUCCAGGAGGCAGUAGAGUUGAGAGUGGUAGCCCAAGACCUCGGAGAACCCCCACUCUCUGCCACCUGCCUGGUGAGCAUCACCGUGGACGAUGUGAAUGACAACGAGCCCACCUUCCAGAGGCAGGUGUACAACGCCACCCUGGCGGAGCAUGCCCCGGUUGGACACUGCUUUUUGCAGGUUAAAGCUUCUGAUGCAGAUGCAGGACUCUAUGGCUUUGUGGAGUAUUCUCUUUAUGAUGGAUUCCAAAGCUAUGACGUGUCUCCAGCAUUCCAGAUUGACCCACAUGAUGGGCGAAUCUGUGUUUCUCAAGAUAUCGAUAGGGAAAGGGAUCCCACAACCUAUGAUCUCUUGGUGAAAGCUAAAGAUGGGGGUGGACUAAGCGCGCAAGCUUUUGUUCGUGUGGAAAUGGAGGAUGUGAAUGAUAAUGAACCUGUCUUUAACCCGUCAACCUACGUGAUGAGCAUUAGCGGCCAGACCCAGCCAGGCACCGAGAUCAUCAAUGUUCUUGCCACUGACAGGGAUUCUGGGAUAUACGGAACAGUGGCUUAUGAGCUCAUUCCGGGAGACCUGUCAUCCCUUUUUACCAUCGACUCCACUACAGGAAUUAUUUACUUAACGUCAACUCUUAGUCAUUUGGAAUCUACUACCCUUUUGUUGAUGGUCUGUGCUCGAGAUGGUGGCGGGCUCACAUCUGUCAUUAAUGCUGACAUCACUAUACACACUCUUCAGACAACACUGGCACCUGCUGAAUUUGAAAGGCCUAAGUAUACUUUCUCAGUUUAUGAAGAUGUACCUGAAGACAGUCCUGUGGGAACAGUGAAAGCAAAAGAGUCCUCGAAUUCUUCAGAGCCAAUUUUUUAUAGAAUCUCCUCUGGUGAUCUGGACAGAAAGUUCUCUAUUCACCCAUGGCUGGGCGUCAUUCGAACUCAGAAGCCUCUGGAUCAUGAAACACAGCCGGUGGUUGUGCUCACAGUGCAGGCUCAGCUUGGCAGCCCUCCGGCCUACAGCAUUACAGAGGUCAACAUAACUAUAAUUGAUGUCAAUGACAACCGUCCGGUAUUUCCCAAAGCCUCUGAUGAGGUGAAAAUAGCUCAAACCACGUUGCCUGGCACAGCCUUGUACCUCGCCCGUGCACAAGACAAAGACAGUGGGCAGAAUGGAUUCAUCAGAUAUGCGAUCGCAAGCCAGGAUCCAAGCAUCUUUGCCAUUGACUCAGGGCUCGGUGCGGUGUACCUCAAUGAGAGUCUGGGAAGUCACAUGCCCCGGAAGUGCACGCUCACUCUCCUGGCCCAGGAUCUGGGCGUUCCUCCUCGGGCAUCCCUGUUAGUGCUGACAGUUGUGAUUGAGGAACAAGAGCAAAACCCAUCCUUGACUUUUGAAAACUUGGUCUAUCAAGUGGAAGUUAGCGAGUCUCUCUCGCUGAUGACCCCAAUCCUGCAAAUACAGGCUUACCCACUUGGCCCACAGCGCACAACCUCGCCGCUCCUGUACUCGCUGGAGCCCAGCACAGACUCCGCUGUGUUUGGCGUCCGCCCUGACACAGGCUGGAUUUAUUUGCGGCGACAGCUUGACUAUGAAUCCACACAGACAUAUAAUUUUAGAGUGUUUGCCUGGAUCCCGGAGGACAGAUUGUCGCAAAAUGUGAGCACUUCGGUAAUUGUUCAUGUCCUGGAUGAGAAUGACAAUUCCCCUACCUUCUUGCAUGAUGUGUUGUUUUUGAAAGUCGAGGAGAGCCCUGUUCCACAAGGGGUAAUAGGCAAAAUUACAGCAAUUGACAGAGACUCGGGAAAGAAUGGACAGCUGUCAUAUUUCCUUUUGUCUGAUGGAAAAUUCUUCAAGAUGAAUCCUAAUACAGGUGAAUUUAUCAGUUGGGUGGCAUUGGAUCACGAGCUUCAGGUGCACCAUCAGGUGACAAUCCUGGUGACUGAUCAUGGCUCCCCGCCACGGAACGCCACCAUGGUGGUUUAUGUGUCAGUGACUGACAUCAAUGAUAACAGGCCAUAUUUCCCACAGUGUCUCCCUGGAGAGGAAUUGCACAUCAAGGUUCUGGAAGGUCAACCAGUAAAUAUGUUGGUUACAACUGUGUUUGCAAAAGAUUUUGACGAAGGAAACAAUGCAGAAGUUGUAUAUUCAGUAUCUUCAGAAGACAGUUCUGAUCACUUCAAGAUUGAUGCCAACAGUGGUGAAAUAAGAACAACCACAAUCCUUUCAUAUAACCAUAGGCCUUCCUACAGGAUGACUGUAACUGCCAGUGACCAGGGAGUGCCUACUCUUCAAGGCCAAGCAGUCAUUAAUAUCCAGGUGAUACCAUUAUCUAAAGGGAGAGCUAUCAUUUCUCAGAAUAUUAGACACUUAGUUUUACCCGAAAACUUGAAGCCUGCAAAAAUAAUGAGCUUGAUAAAGUCACCCGAUCACCUUCAACAACAUCAUAAUGGAAAGUUACAUUUUAGUAUUGCUGCAGAUGACAAGGAUGGUCACUUCGAAAUCGACAGCUCAACAGGGGACUUGUUCCUUUCUAAGGAACUUGAUUAUGAAAUGACGUCUCAUUACCUUUUCAGGGUGGUUACUAAAGACCAUAGCAAAACCCCUCCCCUGAAUAGCACAGUCUUCCUGAGUAUUGAUGUGGAGGAUCAGAAUGACCAUUCCCCAUCUUUCCAAGAAGAGCUCAUUGUGAUAAGUGUAGAAGAGAAUGUCCCUAUAGGGACUCUGGUGCACGUCUUCAAUGCCAAAGACGGGGAUGGCAGUUUUUUGAACAGUAGAAUUCAAUACUUCAUUGAAUCCCACCACCCUGGAAUGAGUCCAUUUCUCAUCCACCCCUCAUUUGGCACAUUAGUCACUGCAUCGCCCCUUGACAGAGAGAGGGUUCCAACUGUCAUCCUGACAAUAACUGCAUUGGAUCAGGCUGUGAAUGUGACAGACCGGCGAUUGCAAUCACUGACAGCAAAGGUCGUGAUUUUGGAUGUAAAUGACCACAGCCCCACUUUUAUGUCUUUCCCCAUUGCCCGCAUCAAAGAGGAUGCCACGGUGGGCUCCUUGGUGCACCACAUAAGUGCUCAAGAUCCAGAUGAAGGAAGGAAUGGAAGAGUGACAUACAGCAUCCUCUCAGGAAAUGACAACACGGCCUUUAUGCUAGACGAGUCAUCAGGCUUACUAACAACCACCUGUCCUUUGGACUAUGAAAUAAAAGCUCAGCACAUUCUGACCCUUCUGGCACUGGAUGACGGCAUACCAGCACUUUCUUCAUCCCAGACUUUGACGAUUACUGUUCUUGACGUAAAUGAUGAGGCACCCGUGUUUCAGCAGGACCUGUAUGAAGCUUCAGUUAAAGAAAACCAAAAUCCAGGGCAGUUUGUCACAAGGGUUGAAGCUAUGGACAAAGAUUCGGGAAUCAAUUCCAAGUUUCAGUUUGAAAUCAUGCCAGGGGCUUCAUCUGGGUUCUUCAAGAUAAAUCCUGACACUGGAGAGGUAGUGACCACCACCAUACUUGACAGAGAAGUUCGGGAAGUUUUCACCCUUCGAGUACUCGUGCGAGAUGGAGGAGUCCCUUCAUUAUCUGGCACCACGACAAUUCUCUGUACUGUAGAAGAUGAGAACGAUCACGCACCAGAGAUUAUUGUCCCCGGUCAUGACAUUGAGGUUCUGGAAAACCAAGAGCCAGGGGUUGUCUACACUGUUUUGGCUUCUGAUAUGGAUUCUGGCAAUAAUGGAGCUGUCAGGUAUCAUGUAAUUGAUGGAAAUACAGACGAAUACUUUGCUAUUAAUGAGACAUCAGGAGAACUCUCAACCACUCGUGCUUUGGACCGGGAACAAGUCAGCAAUAUUACCCUAGUCAUCCUGUGCUCUGAUCUUGGGGAUCCACCGAGGAGCUCUCUAGUGCAGUUGCAGGUUAGAGUUUUGGAUGACAAUGACCAUGGCCCGUCCUUCCCCAUGCUGCAUUACCAGGCCUCCGUGAGAGAAGAUGCUCAAGUGGGAACAGUGGUUCUCGUGCUGUCUGCCGUGGACAGGGAUGAAGGCCUGAAUGGACAAACUGAGUAUUUUCUGGUGGAUGAGGCUUCUGGUGCAUUCACCAUUGAUGCCAUGGCAGGUACAUUGAGAACCCGCCACACGCUGGACCGAGAAGCCAGAUCUCAGCAUACAUUUAGGGCUGUGGCCAGAGACUGUAGUGUCCAGGGCUCAAGAAGCACCACGGUCAUUAUAGAAGUACAUGUCACGGAUGUAAAUGACAAUGACCCAGUUUGGGUGCAGAACCCCUUGGAGAUUUUUCUUUCUCCCCAGUCGCCUACUAACCAGACAACUGCCAUUCUGACAGCCAGUGACCCUGACUUGGGACCCAACGGAACUGUCAUUUUUAGUUUUGCAGAGACCCAGUCAAUGUUUUCUAUUAAUAAAUAUACAGGAGAAGUUCAACUUCAGCACUGCCCAUCUUCUGAAUAUUUUCCAAUCUGGCUGCAGUUAAAAGUUAGGGACCAGGGGGUUCCAGCUAGGACGACCACUGGCCUCUUAGUCGUUCACAUGGAAGGGGAAGAUGUAAAGAUUUCCUUCAGCCACCAUCUCUAUAAAGCGACUGUGACCGAAAAUUGUGAUGCAGGUACUUCUGUUGUGACUGUAAAAGCUGUUGCUCCUGACCCAACACAAGACAGCAUUAAAUAUUCCAUUUUUAGUGGAAAUGAAGAUGGGGUUUUUUCCCUGUGCUCCAAUUCAGGAGAACUCACUGUGAAAGAACCCAAGUUUCUCGAUUUUGAAAUCAGACAUGAAGUACGACUCAUCAUUUUAGCGGAAAGUAGGGGGCACAGAGCCUACAGCAAAGUAACAGUCUUGAUACAAGAUGUGAAUGAUAACUUACCAUGCUUUGAGCAAAGCGUUUACCAAGUGUCAGUGUCUGAAGGCCUGUCCCACAAUGCUCACAUCAUACAGGUUUUUGCUGCGGACCUCGACAGUGGGAUGAAUGGCCUCACUGAGUACUCCAUUCUCUCUGGCAACCAAGGGGAAGCAUUCCACAUUGAUGCGCGGAGUGGUGUGAUCACAGCAAACGCGGUUUUAGAUUACGAGCUCACCAGCUCCUACAGGUCUGUCCCAGAUUCAGAUCCGUUUGCUCAAGUAUUCUGCUCGUUUCUGACAAAAUUGUUGCUUUGGCCAUGACUUCCUGUUAUGUGAGCUUCGUUGUAAAAUGUGUUGCGCUUUGAUCCAACCUAUGAUCACUCUUUUGAUACGCUGAACGAGUCUUAGAAAGUAUUUGCUCUUUGGAAAACGUGAUUACACUACAACUUUAGGGUCCCUUGCAAUUCUUAGCUUUUAUGAAUUUUUAAUGCUAUUAAGUACUAAAUGAGAGACAUUAAAAAUGACAGUAUUGGGCGCCUGGGUGGCUCAGUCAUUAAGCGUCUGCCUUCGGCUCAGGUCAUGAUCCCAGGGUCCUGGGAUCGAGCCCCGCAUCGGGCUCCCUGCUCCGCGGGAAGCCUGCUUCUCCCUCUCCCAGCACCCCUGCUUGUGUUCCCUCUCUCGCUGUGUCUC